AUGUCCCGUAAAACCAACAACAGGCUGAACAGCAAACCCAACAAUAGUAACAAGUCUAACAACAAAAAGAAAGUUGGGAAAAGUAGUCGAAAUAGAAGUGCACAAAAAGUUUUAGAUGCUUAUCAAAUAGCAGAAAGACAAGAAAGAAGAAAUAAUAAUAUAAAAGAUUCAGAUGAUGAAGAUGGUGGAAAUUAUCAAAGUGGAUUAGCAUUUGAAGAAGGGAUCUUAGAUGCAAGAAAAUUUUUAAAAGAUGGACAAGAAAAUGAAGAUUUAUUAGAUGAAGAACUUGAUUCAGAUGAGGCAUUGGGAAGUGAUGAUGAUUAUGAUGUCUUGAAUAGUAAAUUUUCACAAACUUUAAGGGAUAAGGCGAAAAGGGAGAAGUUGAAUCAAUAUAGUGAUAGUGAAGAUGAAGAAGAGGAUGAUGGAUAUAAUAGUAUAGAUGAAAGUCAAUUAGUUUCUUUAUCAGAAGCUUGGGAUAUGGAUGAUCGAGAUUUAGCAAGUUUAACCAAUAAGAGAGAACCAACGGAUAUUGUAUUGAAUGAUGAAUGGGUGUCAGAAAGUUCGUCAAGUGGAGAGGAAGAUUAUGACGAAGAUGAAGAUGAUGAUGCAAUAGAAGAAGAUGGAGCUGAUUCGACAAAGAAUGGGGCUUCUGACGACGACGAAGAAGAUGAAGAAGACGAAGAUUCAAGUUCAGACGAGGAAGAUGUUUUUGCAAACAAUGAAGACGACGACGACAUCGAUUUAAGUAAGACAACCAAAAUGUUAAAGAAAGAAUUAGAUUCAUCAAGACCAAAAGAAAGAAAAAAAUUUAUAGUUGAAAAUCGUGAAGAGAAUGAAUUCAAUGUUCCAACAAAAGGUGAAACAUUAUCAUUAGCUGAAAUGAUGUCAGGAGUUGAAGGUGUUGAUAAUAUUUUAAUUGAUAAAAAUGCAAAAGCUAUUGCAACUCCAUUACCUAAAAGAAUACAGGAAAGAAAUGAUAGAGGAGCUGCAUAUGAUAUAGCUAAAAAAGAAGUAAGUAAAUGGACUGAUACAGUUCAACAAAAUAGACAAGCAGAAGUAUUAAAGUUUCCAAUGCAAAAAUCAGAUCAAAUUAAUGAUUCAGCAAAUACAUUUAGACCAGAUAAUAAAGAACCAACGAACGAAAUGGAGAAGAAAGUAAAUGAAAUAUUAAUUAAAUCAAAUUUAGAUUCAAAUAAAAAUGAAUCAACUUUUGAAGAAAUUGCAAUGGCAAAAUUAUCAUCUGAAGAAUUACUGAAAAGAACUAAUGAAUUACGAUUAAUGAGAGAAUUAAUGUUUAGAGAUGAAAGAAAAGCUAAAAGAUUAAAGAAAAUUAAAUCAAAGACAUAUCAUAAAAUUAAAAAAAGAGAAAGACUUAGAAAUCAAGAAUUAGUUGAUGAAGCAGAAGAAAAUGAAGAUGAAGAAGAUUAUGAUUAUAACAGAGCACAAGAAAGAAUGAGUCAAAAACAUAAAACUCAACUGAAAUGGGCUCAAUCAAUGAUAAAAAGUGGACUUUCUAAAGAUGCAUCUAAUCGUUCUGAAUUAGAAGAAAUGUUGCGACAAGGUGAAAGAUUAAGAGAAAAACAAAUAGGGUUAAAAGAUGAAGAUCAAUAUAGUGAUGAUGAUUUAGAACAGAUAGAAUACGACAUUAAUAAUACUGAUAAAAAGGAUAAAAUAGAUCGUUCAAAAAUUGGUAAGGGUGUAAUGGCAAUGGAUUUUAUGGUUAAUGCUGAACGUAGAAAGAAGGAAGAGAAUUUGAAAGAACUUGAAAGAUUGAAAAGAAUAGAGAAUGGAGAAGAUGAUGGACUUGAUUUAUUUGAUCAAGAUAAUGAUAAUGGGUUGGUUAACGUCACCAAAAAUACCGGUAGACGUGUUUAUAAUCCAUCAGCUCAAGACACUUCAAAUAUCAAUGAAGAAAUAUUGAAACAAGUUGAAGAAGAUAAUGUUAGUUCUAUAAGCAAAAAGCUCAAUAAAAAUCAAAUAACGGAAAAUAGCAAAAAUUCUGAUACAUCAAAAGCCACGAUUGAAAAACUAGAAGUUGAUGAAUCAAAUCCUUGGUUAUCUUCUGGACCAAUUAAUGAUCCAAAACAAAAAUCAUCAAAAAUAACAACUAUAGAUCAAGAUUCAUCAAAAUUUGCAAAAGCAGCUGCUAAAAUAGCUAAACAAAAAUUAAAAAAACAUAAUUCUAAAGAUGAUACGUUAAUUGAUAUUAAUGAAACUUUAAAUAUAAGAGAUAUUCAUAAUGAUUCGGAAAAUGAAGAAGACGCAGAAGAUUCAGUUCCUAAAAUGUUUAAACAAAAAGAUUUAAUUAAAGAAGCAUUUAUUGGAGAUGAUGUAGUUAAUGAAUUUAUACAAGAAAAAAGAAAAAUGGUUGAAGAUGAAGAUGAUAAAGAAGAAGAUUUAACAUUACCUGGAUGGGGAGAUUGGGCUGGAGGUUCAACAAAACCAAAAAAGAGAAAAAUUAUAAAAAAAAUUGAUGGAAUAAUGCAAAAAGAUAAAAGAAAAGAUAAAAAUUUAAAAAAUGUAAUAAUUAAUGAAAAACAAAAUAAAAAGAAUCUUAAAUAUCAAUCUUCUGAUAUUCCAUUUGGCUUUGAAACUAAAGAACAGUAUGAAAGAUCAUUAAGAAUGCCUGUGGGACAAGAAUGGACAAGUAGAGAAACUCAUCAAAAAUUAACUAUGCCUAGAAUUAUUACAAAACAAGGUGUUGUUAUUGAUCCAUUAAAAGCUCCAUUUAAGUAA